CCCGUGCGACCCAUCAAGUUGCACCUGUGGAAUUUUCUUGUUCACUCCCUCUCAUACUCGCUCACCGAAAGCACGACCAAGCCACAUUUCCGUGGCCGGUCUUGGGAGAAACACGCGCUACGCUCCUCGUCUCCUGGCACGCCCACUGUCCACAGCGAAGACUGCGAUAAGCAAUUCAUCGUGGUCUGCUUCUCCGCGCCCAUCCACGAGUCGCCAACCGAUAAGAGCAGGUGUCGCAUCUUCAACGCGAGAGCUAGGACGCUGCCGGGCCUUGCAUCAGCGACUCCAUUCCCGCUACCUCCCCUGUAGUGGUGCGCGAUGAAGUUUGGACGCACAAUCAAGACGUCGCUGUACAGCGAAUGGUCCUCCAAAUACCUACGCUACUCGGAGCUCAAAAAGGAUAUCAAGAGUCGCAUCGCUACCAACGGAGGAUCUUGGACAGACCAGGACGAAGACGAAUUCGUCGAGGAUUUGCGCAAGGAGCUCGACAAGAUCUAUGACUUUCAGAGAACAAAGGUUGCUGAGCUGACGGAGCGCAUCAACAAAGCGCAGUCCGAAGUCCACUUGCUAGUCUCCUCUCGCACCAACUCUGCUUCCUCUUUGCCCUCGCGCGCAAACUCGCGAACUUCUUCGUCGGAGGGCCACGGGGCGAACGACAACGUCGUCUACGCACACGACGAUGUUGGCUCAGACGAUGAGUUCGACAGCGAUACCGAGGAUGUCGACAACUACGAGGAGCGCUUCGUCGAGCUCGAAGAACGCCUGGCCGUCAUCAUUGCCGACGUCCAUGACUUGGCUCUCUUUACCAAGCUGAACUACACUGGUUUCCACAAGAUUGUCAAGAAGCACGACAAGCAGACUGGCAGGCUCUUGCGCAAAGAGUUCGUUCAGCAUUACCUCUCCGCUCGACCUUUCUACAAAGAGAAUUAUGACGCGCUCAUUGUCAAGCUGUCCAAACUUUUCGACCUGGUGCGCACUCGUGGCAAUCCAGUCCAAGGCGACUCGAGCGCAGGCGGAUCUCAAAGCGCUUUUGUCAGACAGACUACCAAGUAUUGGGUACACCCAGACAACAUUGUAGCUCUCAAGCUCGUAAUCCUCAAGCACUUGCCCGUACUCGUCUUUGACCCAGAGAAGGAGUAUCAGCCCGAGGACAGCGCAAUUACAUCCAUCUACUACGACAAUGAGGAUCUCGAGCUUUACCUUGGCCGUUUGGAGAAGACAGAAGGAGCGGAAGCAAUCCGUCUUCGUUGGUAUGGAGGAAUGAGCAAUAAGCAAAUUUUUGUGGAGCGCAAGACGCACAGGGAGGACUGGACUGGCGAGAAGAGUGUCAAGGCGCGUUUCCCGAUCAAAGAAGAAAACGUGAACAAGUUCAUGAGCGGCGAGUACCGCAUGGACGAGACCUUUGAGGCUUUGCGAAAGAAGGGAAAGAAGAGCGACAAGGAAAUCGACAGUAUGCUCCAGCUCGCAGGCGAGGUCCAGUACGCUGUCUUGUCUCGCGGCCUGGUGCCCGUCAUGAGGUCCUUCUACAACAGAACGGCCUUUCAGCUGCCGGGCGACGCUCGCGUGCGCAUCUCGCUCGACACUGAGCUCACCCUCGUUCGAGAAGACAACUGGGAUGGACGUCGUAAAGCGGGAGAUAACUGGCGUCGUAUGGACAUUGGCAUUGACUACCCGUUCGAACAGCUGCCAGCAGAAGACGUUGAACGUUUCCCCUAUGGCGUGCUGGAAGUCAAGCUGCAGACGCAAAUGGGCCAGGAGCCACCCGAAUGGGUGCGCGAGUUGGUGCAGAGCCACCUGGUCGAAGCGGUCCCGAAGUUCAGCAAAUUCAUCCACGGCUGCGCGACUUUGAUCGCCAAUCGAGUCGAUCUGGUGCCCUUUUGGCUGCCACAGAUGGAGACUGACAUUCGCAAGCCGCCGACUAGGCAGCUCGAGAUUGCCAGGCCUGCAUCUCACCACAACUCCAAUUCGUCUUCAAGGCCUGAAACGCCUGCAUCCACCACCGGCAAAUCUGCUGGAUUGGAAGGCGUGUACAACGAGCCUGCUUCGGAAGAUGAGUUUGAGGGCGCUGCUGACGACGAGGACGACCAUCACGCUGUUGCUGCGGCCAUCGGCAAGGAUCAUCAUGAGGCCAACCACUUGGGUCUUCAGCCUCACGAUCCGAGGGUGCGCGAGAUUCGCGAGCAGCGCGAGAAGAAUAUCAAGGCCCGCCAAGCGGAGCUGGAACGCUUGCGGAAGGACAAUCCCGACGCCACCUCGAACAUUGCAGCUGCGCAACUGGCCGCUGGAAGCUCCAACAUCCGUCUACAGAGUCCUGCAGGGGAGAGCGAGAGGGCAAGACGCUCUCGAGAUGCUAACAAGCCGAUCGGUCGGGACCAGAUUCUCGCUACGAGCACCGACUUCGAUAAAAGCUACUUCUCAAAGCUGACGCCUGCCAACUUGAAACGUCUGUGGCGUGCCAAGAACUCUCGCGCUGGUGUGCCCAGCAGUCGCGGAGAUGAUGACGAUGAAGAGGAGGACGAGGAGGACCGCAGAGCCCGUUUGGCACUGGAAGGACGGGAUGAGGAAGAGCCGCGUGGACUUGGCGCAGGUCCUGCACCUGGGGUGGAGUACGUGACCAAUUUCAGAGCGCAGCCUGGCAAGAAGGUGUCGAUUCCAGUUCGCAUCGAGCCCAAGGUGUACUUUGCCAAUGAGCGGACUUUCCUCAAGUGGCUGGAGUUCAGCGUCUUCAUCAGCGCGCUUGCCGUCGGUAUGAUCAACUUUUCGCAACCUGGAGACAAGGUGGGAUUGAUAGCCAGCGCCAUCUUUACCGUCAUUUCUCUCUUUUGCAUCGCCUACUCUGGAGCCAUCUACAUGAUCAGAGCACUCAAGAUCAGAAAGAGGGAAUCCUCCAACGUCUACUUUGAUGCGCUGGGACCUUCUUUCCUGUGCGCGUUUUUGCUUGCGGGAACCAUUGUCAACUUUGUCCUGCGAUGGCGCGAGUCGCACGACUCUAGAAAAGGCAGGGGCCUAGUGAACUAGAAGACGCAAUUCUUCAAGCGGUGAUCGAAGAGAUUGCUUCGAUGGAAGUGCAUCUUGCGGAUGCUACCUCCCAUUUUCCGUGUUCGUCUCUUUAUCUGACCGCCUCGUCGCAAUUUAAAUGUCGUUUCGCUCUCCGAUUACAACAGCCAUAGCGUCAAAAUCGAAAGCAAUCAAAUUGAGGGCUGGCUCGACUGGCG